CAAAUACGACAUUACUGGGCAGAACAAAGUUAGUGACAGUGGUGGUAUUCCCAGUUAAAGCAUGAGGGAGACAAAAACGAGGAAAAUGGCGUUGGAUACUGAUGUGUUCUUAGUUGGCGAACAAAUCAGAAAUGAUAUGAAGUCUGCUCCAAAUGUAAUCAGAGAUCGCCGCUACCACCUGAGACACUUUACCUCGUGUUUUGUGGGUUCUGAAUGUAUAGACUGGUUGGUCCAGCAGGGUGAAGCCCAGAGCAGGGAAGUGGCGCUGGCGGCCAUGCAGUUAUUAGUAGAUCAUAAUAUAGUACACCAUGUAUGUGAUGACCAUCCCUUCAAAGAUGAAUACCUUUUCUACCGGUUCCGGCGAGAUGACAACUCAUUCAUCGACAGCAAGGCGUCCAAAGUCUUGUCAAGGGGACUCAGUUUGUACAGACGAUUGCAUGGUGAUUUGAGUGUGGUCAUUGAGCAUCAAGAACAUGGCAACACCUAUGAAGACAGUUUCUAUGGCGACGAUUUGGUCACGUGGUUAAAGGAAAACUGGAAUAAAAAGAAGAGCCGAGAAGACCUGGAGGAGGAGUGCAAAGAAUUGCUGGAGUUUGGUAUCAUUAAGCAUGUUACAGACGACCACCACUUUAAAGAUGGCCACCUACUUUACCAGUUUAAGCCAGACUUUCAUCGAAAGAGAAGCCUCGUGGGGUUACUCCUCACAAAGUCCGCCCAGCAGAACAAUGUUAGGCCACACGCCGACUCCAACAGUUCUACCACCAGCUCAACUCCUUCACUUCGAAAAAUAUCAGUCGGGAGCACAUGCAGCAGUUCUAGCGAGGCAUCUCUCUCCUUCAUGUUCCAAACCACAUACAGUGAAUGCUUGGAAAAUGACGACAGCCUCCCUGUGGUCGAGGGUGCAGCGCCUAAACCUGUCAUCAUUCGAAAGGUCACUGCCGUGGAGUUGGAGGAUCCAGAGUCUCCCUUUGUGAAGAAAAACAUCAGUAUAUUGGCCGAUACAGUUGGCUUUGGAUUCGUUGUUCGGGGGAUGAGCCCAACAUACGUUCAGACCGUCGAUCCAACUGGACCAGCUGCAAGUGCGGGGCUCAAGGUCCGUCAGUACAUCUACUCGGUGAAUGGACAAGUUGUUCUCAGGAAAACUCACCGGGAAGUUGCGAGCAUCAUCAAGGGAUGUUAUGAUGGCCUCGACCUUGUCGUCAUGAUGCACUUCAGGGAUGCAUCCAUCGAAAAGGUGUAACAAGACCUGUGAUCUCCACUGAGGGACAACAUAUGGGCGUGGGAUUGGAGUGACCAGAAAGAUAAUGUGCCUCAGCGCCACUACACACCGCCGCAUGUGUGGUGUCUCACCAUAACCAUUUUAAAUAUGAAUUUUAUGUAAUGUAAAGAUAUAUGUAUCGCUGGAACAAAUGUACAUUCUAUAAUGUUGUAAAAAUGUAGAUAGUGUAAAUGUUGAAAUAAAGUUUUUGA